AUGACGAUGGUCUCUGGCAACAGCCAGGGCGGCUCCCACCUCGUCACCUGCGGCUCGCUGCUGAAGCUGAUGAACGCCAACUCGGGCGUCCGCCUGCACUCGCACGACGUGAAGUACGGCUCGGGCAGUGGGCAGCAGUCGGUGACGGGCACCGACAAGCAGGAGGACAUCAACAGCUACUGGCAGGUGAGGGCGAAGACGGAGCAGCAGUGCGAACGGGGGACGCCGAUCGCCUGCGGCUCGAACCUCCGCCUGACGCACCUGCAGACGGGGCGGAACCUGCACUCGCACCACUUCAGCAGCCCGCUCUCCGGCCAGCAGGAGGUGAGCGCCUUCGGAGCCGGCGGCGAGGGCGACACCGGCGACAACUGGACGGUGCUCUGCGGCGGCGCCCACUGGGAGCUCAACUCGAAGGUCCGCCUGAAGCACCUCGACACCGAGGCCUUCCUCGCCGUCUCCGGCCACACCUACGGCCGGCCGAUUCACGGCCAGAUGGAGAUCAUCGCCACCAGCUACUCAGACGGCGCCUCCUACUGGAUCGCCAAGGAGGGCGUCUACGUGAAGCCAAAUGAGAAUGGGAAGUUCCUCAACGGCAACGCCGGCGGCGACGCCGGCCACGAUGAACUUUGA